AUGACAUCCAUAGUUGCUUUCAAAAUUUCCGAAUUUCUAUGUUUUGCUGAUGACCUGAAAUGCUUCAAGGCUGUCUCUUUUACUACUGAUUGUAUCAACUUGCAGUCAGGUGCUUCACAGGAUAUCACACUGGAAGUUGCAAUUGCCGAACCAUUCAAUGCUCCCAAUUUGAAAACAUGUACUGGUAAAAGAUCAUAUAAAUGUGAAAUGUGUAGUAAAUUGUUUACUUUAAAAAGUAAUUUAAAACAGCAUAUGAGACUUCACACUGAUGAAACACCUUAUAAAUGUGAAAUUUGUAGUAAGUUGUUUACUACAAAAGGUAAUUUAAAAAUGCAUAUGAGACUUCACACUGGUGAAUAUCCUUAUAAAUGUGAAAUUUGUAAUAACCAGUUUACUUUAAAAGGUAAUUUAAAACAGCAUAUGAGAUAUCACACUGGUGAAAAACCUUAUAAGUGUGAAAUUUGUAGUAAGCAAUUUAGUCACUUAAAUAGUUUGAAGCAUCAUAUUAUGGUAGUUCACACUGUUGAAAGGCCUUAUAAAUGUGAAAUUUGUAAUAAGCAGUUUACUUUAAAAGGUAAUUUAAAACAGCAUAUGAGACAUCACACUGGUGAAACACCUUAUAAGUGUGAAAUUUGUAUUAAGCAAUUUAGUCACUUUAAUAGUUUUAAGCAUCAUAUGGUAGUUCACACUGAGGAAACACAUUAUAAAUGUGAAAUUUGUAGUAAGUUGUAUAACGCAAAAAGUAGUUUAAAGACACAUAUGAGACUUCACACUGGUGAAUAUCUUUCUAAAUGUGAAAUUUGUAAUAAGCAGUUUACUUUAAAAGGUGCUUCACAGGAUAUCACACUGGAAGUUGCAAUUACCGAACCAUUCAAUGCUCCCAAAUUACAUUUGAAAACAUGUACUGGUAAAAUAUCAUAUAAAUGUGAAAUGUGUAGUAAAUUGUUUACUUUAAAAGGUAAUUUAAAACAGCAUAUGAGACUUCACACCGAUGAAACACCUUAUAAGUGUGAAAUUUGUAGUAAGUUGUAUACUACAAAAGGUAAUUUAAAGAUGCAUAUGAGAUUUCACACUGGUGAAACACCUUAUAAUUGUGAAAUUUGUAGUAAGUUGUUUACUACAAAAGGUAGUUUAAUGGUGCAUAUGAGACUUCACACUGGUGAAACACCUUAUAAGUGUGAAAUUUGUAGUAAGCAAUUUAGUCACUUAAAUAGUUUAAAGCAUCAUAUUAUGGUAGUUCACACUGUUGAAAGGCCUUAUAAAUGUGAAAUUUGUAAUAAGCAGUUUACUUUAAAAGGCAAUUUAAAACAGCAUAUGAGACAUCACACUGGUGAAACACCUUAUAAGUGUGAAAUUUGUAGUAAGCAAUUUAGUCACUCAAAUAGUUUGAAGCAUCAUAUGGUAGUUCACACUGAGGAAACACAUUAUAAAUGUGAAAUUUGUAGUAAGUUGUAUAAUGCAAAAAGUAGUUUAAAGACACAUAUGAGACUUCACACUGGUGAAUAUCCUUAUAAAUGUGAAAUUUGUAAUAAGCAGUUUACUUUAAAAGGUAAUUUAAAGCAGCAUAUGAGACAUCACACUGGUGAAACACCUUAUAAGUGUGAAAUUUGUAGUAAGCAAUUUCGUCACUUGAAGAGUUUGAAGCAUCAUAUGGUAGUUCACAUUGUUGAAAGGCCUUAUAAAUGUGAAAUUUGCAAUAAGCAAUUUAUUCAACUAGGUAAUUUAAACGAGCAUAUGAGAGUUCACUCUGGCAAAAGAGCAUAUAGAUGUGGAAUUUGUAGUGCUUCACAGGAUAUCACAAUGGAAGUUGCAAUUACCGAACCAUUCAAUGCUCCCAAAUUACAUUUGAAAACAUGUACUGGUAAAAUAUCAUAUAAAUGUGUAAUGUGUAGUAAAUUGUUUACUUUAAAAGGUAAUUUAAAACAGCAUAUGAGACUUCACAUUGAUGAAACACCUUAUAAAUGUGAAAUUUGUAGUAAGUUGUAUACUACAAAAGGUAAUUUAAAGAGGCAUAUGAGAUUUCACACUGGUGAAACACCUUAUAAUUGUGAAAUUUGUAGUAAGUUGUUUACUACAAAAGGUAGUUUAAUGGUGCAUAUGAGACUUCACACUGGUGAAACACCUUAUAAGUGUGAAAUUUGUAGUAAGCAAUUUAGUCUUUUAAAUAGUUUGAAGCAUCAUAUUAUGGUAGUUCACACUGUUGAAAGGCCUUAUAAAUGUGAAAUUUGUACUAAGCAGUUUACUUUAAAAGGCAAUUUAAAACAGCAUAUGAGACAUCACACUGGUGAAACACCUUAUAAGUGUGAAAUUUGUAGUAAGCAAUUUAGUCACUUAAAUAGUUUGAAGCAUCAUAUGGUAGUUCACACUGAGGAAACACAUUAUAAAUGUGAAAUUUGUAGUAAGUUGUAUAAUGCAAAAAGUAGUUUAAAGACACAUAUGAGACUUCACACUGGUGAAUAUCCUUAUAAAUGUGAAAUUUGUAAUAAGCAGUUUACUUUAAAAGGUAAUUUAAAGCAGCAUAUGAGACAUCACACUGGUGAAACACCUUAUAAGUGUGAAAUUUGUAGUAAGCAAUUUCGUCACUUGAAGAGUUUGAAGCAUCAUAUGGUAGUUCACAUUGUUGAAAGGCCUUAUAAAUGUGAAAUUUGCAAUAAGCAAUUUAUUCAACUAGGUGCUUCACAGGAUAUCACAAUGGAAGUUGCAAUUACCGAACCAUUCAAUGCUCCCAAAUUACAUUUGAAAACAUGUACUGGUAAAAUAUCAUAUAAAUGUGAAAUGUGUAGUAAAUUGUUUACUUUAAAAGGUAAUUUAAAAAAGCAUAUGAGACUUCACACUGAUGAAACACCUUAUAAAUGUGAAAUUUGUAGUAAGUUGUAUACUACAAAAGGUAAUUUAAAGAGGCAUAUGAGAUUUCACACUGGUGAAACACCUUAUAAUUGUGAAAUUUGUAGUAAGUUGUUUACUACAAAAGGUAGUUUAAUGGUGCAUAUGAGACUUCACACUGGUGAAACACCUUAUAAGUGUGAAAUUUGUAGUAAGCAAUUUAGUCUUUUAAAUAGUUUGAAGCAUCAUAUUAUGGUAGUUCACACUGUUGAAAGGCCUUCUAAAUGUGAAAUUUGUAAUAAGCAGUUUACUUUAAAAGGUAAUUUAAAACAGCAUAUGAGACAUCACACUGGUGAAACACCUUAUAAGUGUGAAAUUUGUAGUAAGCAAUUUAGUCACUUAAAUAGUUUGAAGCAUCAUAUGGUAGUUCACACUGAGGAAACACAUUAUAAAUGUGAAAUUUGUAGUAAGUUGUUUAAUGCAAAAAGUAGUUUAAAGACACAUAUGAGACUUCACAUUGGUGAAUAUCCUUAUCAAUGUGAAAUUUGUAAUAAGCAGUUUACUUUAAAAGGUAAUUUAAAGCAGCAUAUGAGACAUCACACUGGUGAAACACCUUAUAAGUGUGAAAUUUGUAGUAAGCAAUUUCGUCACUUACAGAGUUUGAAGCAUCAUAUGAAACACCUGAAACACACUGAUAAAACACCUUAUAAAUGUGAAAUUUGA